AACCGGAUGUUGCGAUCACAACGAGGCUAUAAAUAGUUUAUGAAGGUGAAGAACAAAACAAAAGUGCCUUCCUUUGUUUUCUUUAAAUAGCUAAAGUAGGAGAUAGCUUAUUGGAAAUGUUUUAAAAUUUCUGACAAAAGACACAAUAUCUUGUUCCAGUCCGUGUGUUCAGUCAAUUGACACGGAAGAAAGUCCGACGGUUUCAAGCUGUAUGAUCAGAUAAUUUCCUUGCACUGCUACGACGAAUGCAUGCACUUUCGAGUGCUCAUUCAUUAGUCACAAAGAAUUUCCGUGUGACAUAUUGUACUCAUAAACGUGAUAGAUUGGAGUAAAGUUAUUUAUCUGACCUAACCAGAAAAGGGGGUUACCCUACUGGGGUUUCAACCUCAGAGGUCUAAACUUAGUUUAGACAAAGGUAAUCCAAACCAGACCCCCAGACAUAAUGGCAGACUUUGACCCAGAGACUUUGUUAGAAUGGCUGCAGAUGGGACAGGGAGACGAGAGAGAUAUGCAACAGAUUGCCCUAGAACAACUGUGUAUGCUGUUGUUGAUGUCUGACAAUGUUGACAGAGUUUUUGAAAGUUGUCCACCAAGAACAUUUCUGCCAGCUUUAUGUCGUAUCUUCUUGGAUGAGUGCGCUCCAGACAAUGUACUUGAGGUGACAGCAAGGGCCAUUACUUACUAUCUAGAUGUAUCGGCAGAGUGCACCAGGCGUAUUGUUGCUGUAGAUGGCGCUAUAAAAGCUUUAUGUAAUAGGCUGGUAAUUGUUGAAAUGUCAUCAAGGACCAGUAGAGAUUUGUCUGAACAAUGCAUCAAGGUUAUGGAGAGAAUGUGUACCAGAGAAUCAGGAGCUGUUUUUGAUGCAGGAGGACUACAGUGUGUUCUCACCUUUAUCAGAGUGCAUGGAUCACAGGUUCAUAAGGAUACCUUACACUCUUCAAUGUCUGUAGUUUCUCGUCUCUGUGGUAGAAUGGAGCCCCAAGACCAAUCCUUGGAGACAUGUGUAAUGUCACUGUCUGAUCUUCUUGAACAUGAUGAUCAAUUUGUAGCAGAUGGAGCCUUAAGAUGUUUUGCAUCUUUAGCUGAUAGAUUUACCCGUAAAGGAGUAGAUCCUGUUCCUUUAGCUCAGCAUGGACUUAUAGAUGAACUUUUACAAAGAUUACAGAGAGCUGGUGAAACCAGUCAUAAUGUUUCCUUGGCAAGCACGCCAGGGGCAAAAACUCCAGAAUCAAAGUCUAGUCCUAGUAUAUCAACUGUCAUAAGUUUAUUGUCAACCUUAUGUCGGGGUUCACCGGGUAUAACCCAUGACCUUUUGAGGUCAGAUCUUCCUGAUGCUAUUGAAAGUGGACUGAAAGGAGAUGAAAGAUGUUGCCUAGACACGAUGCGUUUAGUUGACCUUUUACUGGUCCUGUUAUUUGAAGGAAGGAAAGCUCUCCCUAAAACUGGUGUGUCCAGUAUAAGUAGUAGGAUCUCUAGUUUACGUAGAAUGGACAGCUCUGGAGAAAGAUCUCAUCGUCAGCUAAUUGAUUGUAUUAGGAGUAAAGAUACAGAUGCCCUCAUUGAUGCAGUAGAUAAUGGAUUUGAAGUAAAUUUUAUGGAUGAUGUUGGGCAGACUUUACUUAAUUGGGCAUCUGCAUUCGGAACUCAGGAAAUGGUUGAGUUUCUGUGUGAGAGGGGAGCAGAUGUCAACAGAGGAUUGAGAUCAUCAUCUCUCCAUUAUGCUGCUUGUUUUGGAAGACCACAGAUUGUUAAGACAUUGCUUAGAUAUGGUGCUAAUCCAGAACUUAGGGAUGAAGAUGGUAAAACUCCUUUAGAUAAAGCUAGAGAAAGAGGAGAUGAAGGUCACAGAGAGGUCAUACAGAUACUCCAGUCUCCUGGAGAUUGGAUGUCUGCAGCCACCAGUAGAGAGCCACCAACUACAACAGUGACAACAACUGCUACAGUAGUUCCCCCAUCCCCUACAACAACCCCUCCAGAGGUCCCUCCUGUGCCAGAGGUAGUGAGGGAGAAAAAGGAAGAUUCUACAAUAGAGGAGAAGGAAGAAUCUAAUGAACCUAAAGGAGACCCUGAAGUAGCCCCUAUAUAUCUCAAACAAUUAUUACCUGUAUUUACCAAUGUCUUUCAAAGUACUAUGUUGCCUUCAGUUAGAAAAUCCUGUUUAUCAUUGUUGAAAAAGAUGAUACAUUACGUCACCAACACAUUGAUAUGUGAACUGUCUAAUCCCGAGGUGAAUGUUGUUAACUUUGCUGCUGCCCUCACUGAAGUCAUGACUAAUGUCCUGGAUCAUGAGGAUGAGGAUGAGAACCACCAGAUAGUACUGAACAUCAUACAAGACAUGAUGAAGAAAGGCCAGGAAUCUCAAGAUGUCUUUCUAGAACAUUUUGGUAGACUGGGACUAUUUGGUAGGGUCCAGUGCAUAGCUGGUCCUAUGGAAGAACAGGAAGGAGCCAUAGCCAUGGAAGAAAAGGUUGAGGAAGAUGGCUCUUUAGAAGAUGCUACAGAGAUUGUACAGGGUAGACCCUACCAUUGGAGAGACUGGUGUAUUGUACGUGGACGUGAUUGUCUAUAUCUCUGGAGUGAUGCUGCAGCACUAGAGCUGUCUAAUGGUAGUAAUGGAUGGUUUAGAUUUAUAUUAGAUAGUAAAUUAGCUACAAUGUAUUCCAGUGGGAGCCCUGAAGGAGGGUCAGACAGUUCAGAAAACAGAGGGGAGUUCUUGGAAAAAUUACAGCGUGCUCGUAGCUUGAUCAAGAGUGGAACUGUCAGCCAACCUUUAUUAUCUCAUCUUGGUUCACCUAGACUGGUCAUUGGGAAUUGGUCUUUGUCUUGUAAGAAAGAAGGAGAGUUACAUAUACAUAAUGCAGAUGGUCAGCAGUCCACCAUUCUAAAGGAAGAUGUACCAGGGUUUAUAUUUGAGUCAAAUCGUGGUACAAAACACUCAUUUACAGCAGAGACCUCCCUGGGAGCAGAGUUCUCGACAGGAUGGGGAGGAAAGAAGAGUAAGAAAUUUAAAUCAAAGACAGAAGAAAUAAAAACAAAGGUGAAGAAUCAAGCUCGAGAUAUUUAUGAGCAAUAUUUCAGAGCAGCUGAAGCCACGCCAAGAGGUGUGGUAGCCAAGAUAAGAGUCAUUGUACAACAGCUAGAGGCAGCUUGUGCCAAACAAAUUAGUCAAGUAAAGUCCCCUGAUGGUGAAGUAGCAUGGAGAGAUGACAUGAAGGCCUCUUUUGAAUCACUGGUAGAUUUACUGAAAGAAGAACACACUGUAUCAUCAUAUGAGCUACAUUCUAGUGGCCUUGUCCAAACACUUCUUAAUAUACUUAGUAAUAAUGUAGAGGAUUCUGACAGUAAAGAGAGUAAGAAGAGGACAAAAGAAAGAAUCAAUAUAUUUAGGACAAUCUUCCAGGAUCAAGGAGACUUAUCAGAAGAAGGGUUAACUCCAGCUAUAGCACUUGUAAGAAAGCUGAUAUCAGUCCUAGAAUCUAUAGAAAAAUUACCUGUGUACAGUUAUGAUUUACCUGGUUCAGGUUAUGGACUACAGAUCCUAACAAGGAGAAUCAGAUUCCGAUUAGAAAGGUCAUCAGGUGACACUACUUUGCUAGAUAGAAGUGGUUGUAACCUGAAGAUGGAGCCACUUACAAAUGUAGCAUCACUAGAAAGAUAUUUACUGAAAAUGGUUGCCAAACAGUGGUAUGAUUAUGACAGACAAACAUUUACGUUUGUGAAGAAGUUAAAGGAAGCUGUAUCAUCCAUUAACUUUACCUACCAGGGGGACUUUGAUGAACAUGGAUUAAUGUAUUGGAUUGGUUCUAAUUCAAAAACAGCCUAUGAGUGGGUAAAUCCAGCACAUUAUGGCUUGGUUGUAGUAACAUCAUCAGAAGGAAGAAACCUCCCAUAUGGUAAACUGGAGGACAUUCUGAGCAGGGAUACUGCUGCUCUCAACUGCCAUACUAAUGAUGACAAGAAAGCCUGGUUUGCAAUAGACUUGGGAGUAUGGUUAAUUCCCUCCAUGUAUACCAUCAGACAUGCAAGAGGAUAUGGCAGAUCUGCACUGCGAAACUGGGAGUUACAAGUGUCAAAAGAUGGUACCACCUGGUUAACAUUACGGAAACACAAAGAUGAUAAUACUCUCAAUGAACCAGGGUCAACAGCCUCCUUUGCCUUGACUGCUUCAGAUGAUGAACCUCAGGGAUGGAGACAUAUCAGGAUACAACAGACUGGCAAGAAUGCUAGUGGACAAACCCAUUAUUUAUCAUUGUCUGGCUUUGAAAUCUAUGGAACUGUUACUGGUGUAUGUGAUGAUUUAGGCAAGGCUGCUAAAGAAGCUGAGGCUAACAUGAGAAGAUUGAGAAGAAUUAUAAGGACCCAGACAUUGAGACAGAUGGUUCCUGGGGCCAGAGUUGUUCGUGGCAUGGACUGGAAAUGGAGGGAUCAGGAUGGUAAUCCUUCAGGGGAAGGCACUAUCACCAGUGAAUUAAGAAAUGGAUGGAUUGAUGUAACAUGGGAUGCUGGAGGAACGAACUCUUACAGAAUGGGAGCUGAAGGAAAAUAUGACCUUCAACUUUCACCUAACCAUGACCCACAGAAUCUCAGACCUGUACCUGUCAGACAGGACAAAGGAAGUCUUAAAGUGAAAACACAUGGUGUGUCAGUUUCUGAUAAAAUUAAGGUUAGUGUGUUGACAAGUAGGAAGAGCAGCUCUACACCAAGUCUGACAGAUGUAGAGGAAAACAAACCAUCAGUAGCCAGCACAGAACAAGCUUCAUCAGCUGAAAACUUAACUUCUAAAGUGAAAUCUAUGGCUCAGAAUCUCAGUGACAACCUUGUCAAUCUUGCCAGUUCUAAUAGACUAAUGGGAAGUGUUGAGGAAGACAACAAUUGUAACAUCCCAAGAGAACAGUUUGUUGUAGCUCACCGUAGUAAUAGAUCAGGGGAGGUUACUCUGUCAGAAUUUGCCACGUUAUUAGAGGCAGACAAUGAAGAUGAAGUCAAAGGAGCAGAAGGAGGCCAGCCUGUAGAUAAUAUAUCUGUCACUACAACACAGCUGCAUAACAAGGAAAACAAACGUCCAGAAUCACAGACAAGGAGUUCCCCAACCAAUCCAAUGAGUGUUAGUGUACCUAAUUUACCCACCAGUAUGGAACAGACAGUCAGUUUGUUGGAAUCCUUUGCAGCUGUAGCCAAGAGAAAUCUAGGAACUGUGGGAAUGAAUAAUAGGAGUAACAGUAUAAGAUUAGCCUCACAAAAUGCUAUCAGUAAUCUUCUAAGUACUGCACAAAGUUAUCCUAGCUUGACAACAAAUAGUGCUGCCACCUCUAACACUUUGACAACGAACCAGACCAUGGCCAAUGUGACAUCACUGAGCCAAGCUCUGACACGUAGUCUAACCUCUACAUCGAGUGAGAGUGACAAUGAAUUUCUAGAAACAAGUAGGGCAACAAAUCUUUUGGCAGAAUUGGAAGAUGAAGAAGAUUUACCUGUACCUGAUGAAGAUGAUGAUGAAAAUGAUGAAGAAAAUGAGGAUGAUGAACUUUAUGAAGAUGUACUGGAGGAAGAAGAUCUUGAAAUGAGAGGAGAGAGACGUAAAACUUGGGAUGAUGAGUAUGUUCUUAAGAGACAAUUCUCUGCACUGAUUCCAGCAUUUGAUCCAAGACCUGGUAGAACUAAUGUUAAUCAAACUCAGGACUUUGAAAUACCAACUCCAGGUAAAGAGCCAGUACAGGCUCCAGAGAAUAUCUAUCCUCUACAACAACCAAAACUGGUACUGUCUUUCAAAGCUCCUUGUCUUCCAGGGUUGGAGGACACAGAGGUUGUUUUAACAGAAGAUAAACAGUGCAUAUUCAGGUUUAUACAAAAAUUACUUAUCCAAGGUGGUUCAGGCAGCAAGACAGAACGAUUACGUAGAAUCUGGGAACCAACUUAUACAAUUAUAUACAGAGCAUUAAAGGAUGGAGAGGUGAAAGAAGAUAUUGAAAAAAUGACAGAUUCUACUUACAACCAGUUGGAGAGUAAAUCUGAGAGUUAUCAGAUUCUAAGUGAAUGUGAUGUUCCUAGAAACAAUGACCCAGCAUCCUGUACCAUAGACCAUGUUUUACAGUUACUACAAAGGCUGUAUGCUAUUGGUAUGGAACAGUCCAUGAAACAAACUAUAGAUGAGGUAGGAGGCCUUGUUAACCUGCCAACAGGAGAAUUUUGUAGUAAGAAAAUAACCAACAAAAUAGUACAACAGAUACAGGAUCCCUUAGUAUUAGCUAGUAAUGCUUUACCAGACUGGUGUGAGAAACUUACCAAGAAUUGUCCCAUGUUGUUCUCAUUUGAUACCAGACAGCUCUACUUCUCAUGUACAGCUUUUGGAUGCUCUAGGUCAAUUGUAUGGUUACAAGAGAGAAGGGAUGCCACUUUGGAGAGAAGCAGAGGUGCAUUGCCUCGUAGGGAUGAGGGCGGGGAAUAUAGAAUUGGUCGUCUGAAACAUGAACGUGUCAAAGUACCAAGGGGAGACCACUUGCUAGAGUGGGCUGUACAGAUGAUGAGAUGUCACUGUCAGAGAAAGUCAAUCCUAGAGAUAGAAUUCUCUGGGGAAGAAGGGACAGGUUUAGGUCCAUCAUUGGAAUUCUAUGCCUUAGUAGCAGCUGAACUACAAAAGAAAGAGUUAGGACUUUGGUUAUGUGAUGAUGAUGCUCCCAAUAAAUUAGAGAGACAGAUUGACAUAGGUCAUGGUAUUAAGCCACCAGGGUACUACAUUCAGCGAGUAGGAGGGCUAUUCCCAGGACCCUACCCACAGGAAAGUCCAGACAUGCAUAAUAUUGAACAGCUUUUCCAGUUUCUUGGAACUCUUCUUGCCAAAUGUCUCCAGGACAAACGUAUUAUUGACAUUCCAUUAUCAAGACCUUUCUUAAAACUGAUGUGUAUGGGUGAGGUUGGUCAUCAUAUUACACAACAGUAUACACAGUCACUUCACCGUUCAGUAGGGAGCUCCAUGGAAUCUUACCACUCUGACCUUCCUAGCAGUAAUACCACUAGCUAUACCACAUCAUAUAGUAUUGAGGACAUGGACAAGGAGUUAAUACUUGAUCCACCAAAACCUAAACAACCAGAGACUCCAGCAUGGUAUACAGGAAUAUUAAAUGAUGACGAUUUUGAAGUUAUUGAUGCUCAUAGAGCUGUAUUUCUCAGUCAACUCAAAGAUUUGGCUAAUCAAAAACAAAAAAUAUUAAAGGACAAAACAUUGACUCCUGAUCAGAAAAAUAUUCUUAUUCAGCAGUUAGGGCUCAGAAAUCCACAGGAUCCUGAGGAUAAAUAUAGAUUGGAAGAUUUAGGAAUAAAUUUCCAGUUCAAUCCAUCAUCUAAAGUAUAUGGUUAUACAUCAUAUGAUCUCAAACCUAAUGCAGAAGAUGAGGAGGUAACUCUAGAAAACAUAGAAGAAUAUGUAGAUCUGGUCACCGACUUCUGUCUAAACAGUGGUAUCAGGAGACAGCUUGAUGCUUUCAGAGAUGGCUUUAACUCUGUAUACCCUAUGGAGAAAUUACAUUCCUUCAGUCCCACAGAAUUAGCCUCCCUAUUGUGUGGUGACCAGACACCAGAAUGGACUAAAGAGGACAUACUCAAUUACACUGAACCAAAAUUAGGAUAUACCAGAGAAAGUCCUGGAUUCCAGAGAUUUGUAAGUGUUAUGGUAGAUCUGAGUUCUGAUGAGAGAAAAGCCUUCUUACAGUUUACAACAGGAUGUUCAUCCUUGCCACCAGGUGGCCUGGCAAACUUACACCCAAGACUGACUAUAGUUAGAAAAGUUGACGGGAAUGACACCAGUUUCCCAUCAGUAAACACUUGUGUUCAUUAUCUAAAACUACCUGAAUAUUCCUCAGAGGAUAUUCUACGCGAGAAAUUGUUAGCUGCAACGUCAGAAAAAGGAUUUCAUCUUAAUUAAUGAGAAAAUUUUAGUCCUGAGAGUAGAAAAUUAAGUAUCAAUUCUACUUUCUGUUUUAUGUGAUUAAAAAUAAUUGAAUUUGAAAAUGAUAAAGACAUAUUUCUGUUGUAAUUGAUUAUAUUAUUAUUUAUUUAUAAUUGCUUUUUGUAAUACAUUAGCAACUUUGUAUAGAUAUAAAUCCUCUAACUUACUGUUGAUGUGUGAUAGAAUGUUUUAUUGAAGUGAAUGGAUGUAUUCAGGGAAUUAUGAUCAAAUUCAUUAUGCUCUGAAAAAUAAUGUGAGAGUCAGAACCUUGAAUAAUUAUUGAUAAAUACCCCUCCCGAAAAUGUAUGUUUUUCACCAUUUUAAGUGAAUCUGAUUGACAUAUUUUUCACCAUUUUAGGUGAAUCUAAAUGACUUUUACUGUUAAAUGAUUGAUUGUAAUUAUGACAAUGUGUAUAUUACAACACAUAGAUUUUGUGCAAUAGAUGAGAGAGGACAUUUGAAUUAAUAUUGAAAGUGCUUGUGGUUGAUUGUUAAGAAUAAUGUGUUUGUAUAAUUUGACAGUGUGUUCUGUUUUAAUUAGGUCAAUAUAAAAUUUGUUUUUCACAUUAAUCUGUGAUUUUACACAGUAAAAAUUGUUAA